CAAGCUUAAUAAUGUAUAAAGUGGGGCGUAAGCAGGUCGCAUAGAUAUAUUACACUACGUGCUACUAUCUGCGCUGGGCUACGAAUUAUAUCUCAAAGGAAUGCUCCCUACUGGCGCGGGUAAUCCACAUAGAUCUCGACAUUAUCAUUGUCAUGGAGACAGUUCCGGCCUGGGUAGCUGGGGAGGAGGCAAUGACACCAAUGAUACCACUAGUGCAGAUGAGGCAGCAAGCUAUGAUCUCCGUCUCGGAGGAGGACUGGGUGGGAAUUACAGACCCGGUAGAGAGGAGGAAAAGGCAGAAUCGGAUUAAUCAGCGGCUCUACAGGCGGCGUCAUCAAACCAACUCAUCUCGAGGCAAAGUGUCUGAGACCAAAACCAACGAUGUUGGAAAUCAAACUCCAAAAUCCAAGCCAGACGAUGACGACUUCAAGGCAGAUUCACCAGGCACUAAUCUAGUGGUGACAAAGCUGCCCCAAGAAGACCCAGCCCUAGAGAUUGUCAAGCAACAUGAUCCCCCCGACUUCCAAUGGCCCACCUCAGUAUGCAACUUCACCUCCUCGGAAGCCCACCUCCUAAUCCACCGCUUCGAAUCCUGGGCCGGCCAAAUCCGCCGCGCCGCACACCCCACCCCAUCCCACCUCCCCAUGCUCAUCAAAUUCAACGUCUGGCGCGCCCUAGUCUCCAACACCUUCACCCUCGGCCUAACAAUGGAGCAAACAGCCGACGACGACGCCCUCUCCCCCUUCACCACUAACUCCCCCUUAAUCCACUCCCACCUCCCCGCCGCACUCAUCCCAACCGCGCUGCAGAAGCGCAUCCCUCACCACCCCUGGAUUGACCUCCUCCCCUUCCCGCGGAUGAGGGAGAAUCUGAUCCGCGCGGGCGACGCGUGGGAUGAGGAGGGGCUCUGCGGGGAUAUGAUGGGGUUCUUCCAUCAGGGGACUGGGAGGGAGGGCGUGAUUGUUUGGGGCGAGCCGUGGGAUCCGAGGGGGUGGGAGGCCAGUGAGGAGUUUUUGGAGUAUUGGGGGUGGGCGAUUGAGGGGUGUUGUGAGAUUGUUGAGUCGACGAAUUAUUGGCGUGCGAGUAGGGGGGAGAAGCCGGUGAGGGUGCUAGGGGUGGGGAGUAAGCGGGUGAAUGAGAUUUUGGAUUGA